AAGUAUGUGAUGUGAGUUUCAAAACAAGGAAAAGUGAAAAUAAGGAUAAUGUUCAAAUUAAUAUCAACAAGCAUAAGUAUCCUGGUCCAGGCGCCGAAGCGGCUUAUUCGGAGUUUGUCUCUGGCUACCGAAGCAAUGGUGAAUAAGUUGUGUGUGCUUUUUGUGUUAUUCAGUGUUCAUGUUCUGAAUACGACUGGUUUUAAAAAUGAGCCGAUAGUGACAGUGAAGCAGGGAAGACUCCAGGGUGCAGUGGCCACACUGCACGAUGGAUCUUCAUAUUACAGCUUUAAGGGUAUCCCGUACGCCCAGCCUCCUGUGGGACCAUUACGGUUUAGAGCACCACAGCCACCACAACCAUGGCAAGGCAUCCUGAAUGCAACAGAACACCGAGAUGUCUGUAUCCAAGUCAACCUCAUGGCCCGUUCCACCGUCGCUGAAGGCAGCGAAGACUGCUUGUUCCUUAACAUCUACUCCAAGUCACUCCAACCCUCAGCAAAGAUACCUGUCAUGGUCUACAUCCAUGGUGGAGCAUAUCUAUCUGGAUCAGGAAAUGAUGAUAUGUACGGACCAAACUUUCUACUACAGCACAAUGUUGUUCUAGUCACUUUGAAUUAUCGCCUCGAAGUAUUAGGCUUCUUAUCCUUAGAUACCCCUGAAGUCCCAGGCAACGCUGGCAUGAAAGACCAGGUGGCUGCGAUGAAAUGGGUUAAAGACAAUAUAGCACAGUUCGGAGGAGAUCCAGAUAAUAUAACCCUCUUCGGAGAAAGCGCUGGUGCAUCCUCUGUUAUAUACCACAUGCUGUCACCGAUGUCUCAAGGAUUAUUCCACAAAGCUAUCACGCAAAGUGGGACUAGUAUAAAUGAUUGGGCGCAAGGAAUAAAUGGGAAAGAGAGGGCAUUUAAAAUCGGCAAACAUUUAGGUAAAGAUACUAAAGAUCCUACAGAACUAUUGGAGUUUUUAAGAGGUUUACCUGUGUCAAAGCUAAUUAAAUUGACUAAUGUAACUUUAACUCCUGAUGAAAAGUACAGGGGACUACCUAUUCAUUUUGCGCCAACAAAGGAAAAGAAAUUUGAUAAUGUCGAGGCGUUCCUUAGUGAAGAACCAUUGGAUCUUAUUCUGUCAAAUAAAAUAUGCAGUAUUCCAUUAUUGCUUGGAUACAAUUCUGCAGAAAGCAUAAUAAUGGUGCAAGAUAGGCUGAAAAAACUGCCGAUUUUUAAUAAAACGCCGUCAUAUGACGUGCCUAGAGAAAUUGUAGACAAAAUAAGUCAGGAGAAGCUGAUAGAAAUGGGAGAAAGAAUAAAGAAAUUCUAUGUUGGUAACAGAGAUUAUAACAGCGAAGAUUUGAAGGAAAUGGUUCAACUAUUAUCAGAUUUACAUUUUGUAUACAACACGCAUAGAUUCGCUUAUCUAUACUCUAAGCAUAACAAUUCAAUAUACAUGUACAGAUUUAGUAUAGAAAGUGAUUUGAAUAUAGUUAAAAAUAUGAGUGGGAUUGAUGUAAAAGGAGCCAGUCAUGCCGACGAACUGUUUUACAUUUUUUCGGCGAACAUGACUAAAGAAGAUUAUGAAUCGCAGGAAAAAAUAAGGGACUAUGUGUGGAAAGUUACCAAAAUGUGGACGGACUUUGCUAAAACCAGCAAUCCCACACCAGACAAUACUUUAGGAGUAAAAUGGCCAAAAUACACCGUUGCCAACAAGGAGUACCUGGAAAUAGACGACAAACUCACCGAGGGCAAGUUUGCCGACCGAGAGAGCGUCGAGUUCUGGAAUAAGUUGUACUGCGAGGCAGGCUUGCCUUGCAUUAGCAAGAGCAACUUGUGAAGUUGUACAAUGUUUUUAUAUGGUGAUUUUAAUCAAAGAAUAAUUCGAAUAGUAAGAGAUUCUUGACGAAAGUAAUGUUUUUGUUA